GUGUGAGAACAGACACACAGGCAAAGCAGCCAUUCAGCAGUGGGAUGGAUCCUGACUACUAAAGAGGGAGAGGGAGAGAGAGACCGAAAGAGCGAGAGAGCAAGAUAUGGGGGAGUGGUGGGUGAGAGAGAGGAAGCGAAAAAGAGAGUGAAAGGUUCCACACGGCAGAAUAUAAAUCUGUAUGUUAACAGGACUAAAGCUGGAGGUCUCGAAGCGGCAUUAGUGGUCAUACUGGUGGGGGGUGGACAUAAAGCAUCAAGAGGUGGUCUUCCCUAUGAACUGAGGAUCUGUGCAAAUAAGGAACUAAAACCCGUGGGAGCCGUGAACGCUGGUUGUCAAGCACAGUGGUGGGCUGGUCGGAGGUCUGUGACCCCCUCAUUUGUAUUUCUGGAAGAAAGAAGAAGAGCAAAAAAGGCACGAGCGAAAGAGGAAGGUGGCUGCGAGGGACCCGUGAGCCAUUUCUCUCUUUGAUUACUUCCAUUCCCCAAACCAUUGCAUCCCAUUAUCACAGCGAUGUAGAGGUAUUCUCUUCGGUUAGAGUAGGAAGGGUCCCAUUGACUGCUGAGGCUUAGCACCUCUCUCCAAGCGCUAGCCCUUUUCAUUGUGGUCCCCCCCCUCAUCUCUCGCCUCUAUCCUUUACGUCUGCUGUUUCUUUUCUUGUCCCUUGUAUUCUUGUCCUUUUUCACAGCACUCAGGAAUCAGGAGGCAUUGCGUUUUGGUAGAAGUGGGUGUUUCUGGAGCUGUCAUUGUGUUGGGUGCCGCUACAAAGGACAGCUGAGCAGGGAGUGAGAGAGACAGCUUUGGGGAUAAUAAAAUAGCAGCCUGAAAGAACGGGGGGGACCUGGGACAACAGGAACAGCUGACAACCAGUGUAAGGUGAAUUGUGAUGAAAAAGAAAACUGUUACAGAGACUGCCAACCAUUUUAAGGUAGCUAUUUAUUGACACCAUCAACACUUCUGGAGGAAAUAAAGAAGCAGUGUGCCAAACUAACACUGCCGGCUGGAUUCUGCUAUUGCUGUUGCUAAGCAAAGUCUUUAACCAGACAGUAUUGAGCACUCUACAGCCAUGAAAGAAAGCUCAGAGGAAAGCAUUGAAAGCACCAGGCCCUCCAACCUGCACGCUUUUGCCAACAUAUCCACCCUACAUGGCAUGAGUCACAUUUUCGCCUAUGGGCACAUGACAUUCCGUCGGUUUCUUUGGACUAUUUCCUUUCUUGGUUCACUAAGCUUACUGAUGCUGGUGUGCAUGGAUCGAGUGUCCUAUUACCUGGAGUAUCCUCACGUAACCAAACUAGACGAAGUGGCGGCGCCGAACCUCACCUUCCCAGCCGUUACCUUCUGUAACCUCAACGAGUUUCGCUUCUCCAAAAUCACAAAAAAUGACCUGUAUCAUGCGGGAGAGCUCUUGGCCCUCCUGAAUAAUAACUACCAAAUAGCCAACACACACUUGGCUGAGCCCGAGGUCCUGGCUGCUCUAAAGGAUAAGGCGAACUUUCAGAACUUCAAGCCCAAACAGUUCAACAUGACUGACUUCUAUAAUCGUACGGGUCAUGACAUCGGGGAAAUGCUACUGCAGUGCACCUUUCGAGGAGAAAAUUGCCACCCGGCUAACUUCACUAUUAUUUACACACGCUACGGAAAAUGCUACACUUUCAACUCUGGAAAAGACGGCAACCCUUUGUUGACCACGUUAAAAGGCGGCACGGGGAACGGCUUGGAGAUCAUGUUGGACAUCCAGCAGGAUGAAUACCUGCCUGUUUGGGGAGAGACAGAUGAGACCUCCUACGAAGCAGGCAUCAAGGUUCAGAUCCACAGCCAGGACGAGCCGCCCUUCAUUGACCAACUGGGAUUUGGUGUGGCCCCUGGUUUUCAAACUUUUGUGUCAUGUCAGCAGCAACUGCUUCAGUACCUCCCUCCGCCUUGGGGAGAUUGCAAGUCUACUCCCAUAGACUCUGAAUUCUUCUCCACGUACAGCAUCACCGCCUGCCGCAUUGACUGUGAAACUCGGUACCUGCUGGAGAACUGCAACUGCAGGAUGGUUCACAUGCCUGGGACCUCAACAGUUUGCACACCUGAGCAGUACAAAGACUGUGCUGACCCAGCUUUAGACUUUUUGGUAGAGAAAGACAACGAUUACUGUGUGUGUGAGACCCCCUGCAACAUGACUCGCUAUGGCAAGGAGCUGUCCAUGGUUAAGAUCCCCAGUAAGGCAUCUGCUAAAUAUCUGGCUAAGAAAUUCAACAAAACUGAGCAGUAUAUUGGAGAAAAUUUAUUGGUAAUGGACAUCUUCUUUGAAGCUCUGAAUUACGAGAAGAUUGAGCAGAAGAAAGCCUAUGAAAUUGCCGGGCUCCUCGGUGACAUUGGAGGUCAGAUGGGACUGUUCAUCGGAGCCAGCGUCCUAACUAUACUGGAAAUAUUUGACUACUUGUAUGAGGUGUUUAAGGAUAAGGUUUUGGGCUACUUCGUUCGCAAGAAACGUCCUCAGCGUUGUCAGAGCGACAAUCUGGAGUUUCCAGAGAACCCAACCAGCCCUGGUGUCACGCCUAAUCAUGCCCCCAGAGCACCUGUGACACCCUCCGGAGUCACUCGGAGAGUCUCGGAUUCACGCCGAACAUGUUACCUCGUCACCCGACUCUAGGCAACUUCGAGGAGUUUGCUUGUUGACAACAUAAAGAAGGGGGUGGGGGGAGGCAGGGGGGCACAUCCGGGGACUCGACAGCAAACUGUGACUUAAUUUAUGUAUUUAACAGAAACCGUUUGAGUAUACUAUAGUAGAGUUUAUCAAUGCCUGAAUAGAAAUAGAGUACUAUCAUCAGAAGAAAAAAAAAAAGAGGGAGACCACUUCCAAAACAGAACUCAGGUUUAACUGCCAUGUCAAGGCAUCUGUGUUAAUUUAUUCAUGUUUCAUUUAGUGGAUUUGUUUUUCUUAUGCUCUCACUUUUGAGUUAUACAAGCAGAAUAUAGAAAUAUGUUUAUAAAAUGCUUUCUGAGCUGUGAUGAGGUGUAGCACUGCUGUGCCUGCUUUGCUGUAUACGUACCUCAACAAAUGAUAAUUGUGGAUUGGUAUCUGCAGCAGAGCAGAUUCUCAGCAGGGUUACGUCUCCAGCAUCUAACACAUGCUGUAGUGAGUGACCUUAUACUGUCACCAGCUGGAACAGGAGAGCCCUUUUACAUCUCAGUGAGCUGAUUGUUGGAUAAAAGAGCCGCUCAAUCCUGAAUCCCCUCACUAGACUGGUGUUUAAUGUUGCCUUUUGCUACUGUGAGGCUCUUAUGAAUUUAAAUGGCUGUGCUUAAUCAAUUUAAAAACAGAAAGGGAACUUGAUUAUUUGUAUAUAUGCAAGUAUCUGGUUUUGUUCCACAGGGAUGGCAGAAACUACUGAACUGGAUGUGUUAGUUAACUUAAGUCGCUUUCUACAUGUAGUAAGGGUUAAUUAAAGAGUCAGGAGGCCCGAACAAGGCUAUUGAUUGUAUCUUUAUAUCCUGACAUUUCUAUUUCCAUUGUUUUUACAUAUUUUGGGAUUACCUUGCUGUGCAGUGAACAUAUAUGCUAGCAUGCAGCUUGCUGCAGAAGUUAGCCCUUAUUUACAGUGAAUUCAUUAGAAGAGAAACAAUUUCCCUUUUGCCUUUUUAAUCAUUCUCAGAAACAGUUUUUCCAUUGCUGUGUCUUAAAGGUGUCCAUCAGCACAACCCCCUGUGGUAGUAACCUAUUCUCUAUUGAACAUAAGAAGACCUAAAGAGGUGUGUUGGUGACAUUCCUGAACUUGACAGAAACUUGUAAAUACCCGCAAUCAAAUGCCAUGAAGAAAUUCUGUACUGCUUAUGUGAGACAUUUGUCAAAUAUAUACUGUAUAUAUAUCAAUAUAUCUGAAUAUAGAUAUAUAUAGAGGAAGAUAAAGUGAUCUCCUUUCUGUUCUUACUCCAGAGAAGGAAUUUGGACUUUCUAUCUGGGUGGACCGUAAGUGUCUUUGAGUUUCUGGUGAUUAUAGCGUCAAAACAUUAAAGCCCCAUUUAAAACAAUUGAUUUAUAACGGAAAUGCAUUGUAAAAUUUGACCAUUGUAUCAUUUUAUUAUUAUUACAGAACAUGUAAUAAGUCACAAAUAACAGUUUGUGAUGUAUAAAUGAACAAGUAUAAUAAACUCAAUAUUUACCCAUCUUACUCACGUACACAACUUUUCUUCUGAUCUUCGUGUGAGUCUCUCGUUGUUAAUAUUCACUGUUAUUUAAAUCCUUGACACUACAGUUUUGGACUUGUUACACUCACAUAUCCUCACUAUAAAUACUUUACUGGAAAUUCAGAGUCGUUUUUUUUAAUGUGAAAGUAUAAUGCUAAUCAAGUUAAGUGGUGUUCAUAACACUGUAGCUUUAUACUCUGUGUAUUAGAUGUUGAUGUGAAGCACAAACCUUUGGAGAUCAGCCAUCACUUGAAAGCCAAUGACUGGACGUCUAUGGUUGUGACUACCUUUUGUGGCUCUAGUUUUAAAUACACACCCUGUUACUUGGUGUGUUCACUUCUCGAUCAUUAAUAGGAAAAAGGGCGCUUGCCAAGAGCAGCCAGAGACCUCGUUGUGAAGAGACUUUAUCCAAAUGGAAAACGUACUUUUCAGGAAAAAAGGUGAAUCAGCGGCAUUGUGUCAUGAGCAAUAAAUGCACUGAAACUAAAAUAGUUGAUACAUUAAAAAAAAGAUUUGGGAUUCCCAUUUUUAAUAAAUGAUGUUUUCACCGGCUGGACUGAUAGACUGAACAGCUGCAACACAGAUGUAUGAUAUGAAAAUUGUAUAUUAGCCAUCAUUAGCUAAUUAAAGAGACAAAUGCCAAUUCAUGUUACACAAUGAUGCUAUUCUGAUGUUGCUGCAUUGUCAUGAUGAUUCUGAGUGUGUGUGUGUGUGUGUGUCAUGUUGUUCGGGUUAAGAAGCAUACAAAUGACCCACCAUUUACCACAAACUGGCUGAAGGAUGUGUGAAAAUGUCCCGGGUCUUUACCUCUCUCUCCCCUCACCCCCUGGCUACCUUUCACAGAACAGCAGAAACUAUAACUGUUAGUCCUCCUGGUAUUUGCCGCAUAGUUAUGGCCAAGUAGAAAACCGUACUCUAUAUAUUUCUGUCGCCUAACACUGACAUUUGAAUAAUUAUAUUUCCAACUAAUUAUGUCAUAUCAUCCAUUAUUCUCCCUUGCAUGACCUAUUUUCUCUGUUCUCUUAAUGUAAUCUUAGUCAUGCUAUUCACUUUGUAUGGUCCAAAAUGUAUAUUCUGGAGCCAGAUGAAUCAAAAGGAUGUUCUGCAGGUCCUCCUCAAACCAGGCUUGGGAUCGUGCAAUACCCAAAAAGGGAAGAUGUGGGAAAACUGAUAAAUCUUUCCAUCAAUUUUUAUGGAUAUAAUAAACAUAAUGUGGCUUAAAGUAGAAAUAAAUGUGCCUUCAAGACUGGUUGUAACAGGUAACAUCAAGAUUUCCAUGCGUACAAAGAUCUGGGGAACUGAACUUGCUUCAUCUGGCUCUACGUGCUUUAUGUGCAUUUUAUUGUAGAUAUGUGAUUUUAACUCUGAAUUGUACAUUAAAUAGUUAAUACACACUUAA